UGAGACUGGGUCUGGACCGCUUUUUCCCUUUGUGAGAGUACCUAGACAUCCAUUGUUCAAUUAAGACUAGUUAGUUCAACGGUUUGAUCUUCUUUUCGACAUCUUUAAAUCUCACCUGUUCCUCAAUCAACGGUCGCUUCAAUUGCUAGUCAUCUGUAAGUAAGAGAGCUCCAGCCACUCCAAUCUACAAAACUCUAUCAAUACCAACACCACCACCUUCACAAUGGCUUGCGGCUCAUCUUCCUCCGGUCUCUUCAACCGCAACGGCCCCGGCAGCGCCGCCACCUCCAUCAUCGACAGCAUCGUCAAGCCCGCCGAGGCCACGGGCGGCAAGACCAAGUGCAUCGAGUGCGACGGAUACGAGUGCUGCUGCAUCCCCAUUCCCUGCACCGUCAUGUAAAGGGGCAGUUUUCGCUGCUGCGGCAGAACGGAAGUACGAUUUGGCUUGGAUUUGGGGGCUAUAUUUCUUGAGGGCGCAAUGUAGCGAUGCUGUGGAGGAUUGAUACCGGAUUGCUGCCUUUGAUUUAGUCGACUCCGGCACGAAGCCGGUCGAGCAUGAAUUCAUGAUUUGCCCUUGUGGCUGUGCUAUCGUCUACGUCGUUGAAUGCUAUUUUCCCCCUGUCAGCCCGGCCAAGGGCGCCUAUAUCGUCGUCUGCUCAGAUCUGAUGUUGCAGCAUCAUUUCCUUUCGCGUUGCCAUGUUCCGCUGGCACCGAUUCUCGUGGUUCAUCCCUCCUAGUCA